CCCCGUCCAACAGCAUAGAAGCAUACAUAAUGGACUCACACAGACCAACACGACAAAUCAGAAGAGGGCAGGAAGAAGAGGAUGCAGCGACACUGAAGUUGGGCGCGUUUAAUAAUGUCACGGCAUUGACGGUAUCGGAAGCAAAAGUUAUUCUGGAGCAGCUGCAGAAGGAUAAGAAGGAUGCGACGCUAAACGAAAUCCAACAAAAAACCCAAGACUACGUCUCCCUCUUCUCCCGCUUCCGCACCUCCGAAAUCGUCCAAGCCGUCGACCGCGUCGUCCGACACCCCGGCAACCCAUACGAACCCUAUGAGGCCGCGCAGUUAGCGACGCUGUGUUGUGAAGAGGCGGAAGAGGCAAAGUAUUUGAUUCCUAGUUUGGCGGGGAAGGUGGAGGAUGAGGUGUUGCAGCAGUUGUUGGAUGAGCUGAGUAGUUUGAGGAGGGUGUGAUCUCA